GAUCCAGAGAACCUCGUCGAUGAUUCCGCUACUGACAUUGAUGCUGACUUUGUUUCUGACUUCGCUGAUGACUCCUACAAGCCAACAUCGUCGUCCGGGUGCUUGCAUUCAACAAUUGCUCGUCCGUGCCUGUACCAUCAGUCAUCAUGUUGGCAAUGUUGAGAGUGGUACACAUUCUCGUCUAACAAGAAUGCCUAACGAGAACGCGCCAGUCUGCGAGUGCGAAGUGGUAGUGAUCCUUCCGAAAACGCGAAAUGGUACCCUCUCCUCGAAGAAGAUGGCGCUCAGGAUACCGAAAUCGAAGGGGGACAAAUCGGAGGGACGAUCCGCGAAGAAGCAGCAGGAGGAGGCACGCUCGAAGAACAGGUCCUGCGAUACCGGAAGCAGCAGCUCCGUGGCGGAACAAGCCAGACCCGCGACGAAAGCCAGCAAAUACGAGAAACGAUUGAAUCACUCGAGGAGGACCAGAAGCGCCGACAGGGCAGAGUCACAUUACACUUACAUCGAUUCUGGGUCCAGCAUACUCGGGGGUGGAUUUAGGGGCUACGCUAUACCAGAGGCCCUGUACGCCACCAUUCCAGACACGCCGAACUCGAGUGGCAACGAAACCGGAAAUAGUCAAUUAAACGCGCAAAGUAGAUCGCAACCCGUUUACGCCAUUCCCUCUAUGGUGUCGCCGCCACCCACCUACGAUGUAGCGAUCUCGAAAACGUGGCAGUCCGGUCUGCCACCGACCUACGAGGAGUACCUGCGCCAUAAGCGCGUCAUGUUAUCGCGAUCCCAUACCCCUCCGCCGCCAUGGUCGGACUCGACGACGACACCGCCAGCGCUGAGCGCCCAAUCGCGUCGCGAACUGUUGGCGAGUCAACCGGAGCUCAGAGACUAUCUGGCCCAGUUGUCGCUGUCCCAGAACAACGAACGAUCCAGCAGCGGCCAUCAUCAUCACAAUCACCACCAGGGCACCGUGCUGAGGGACAGCAGCUACCUCUCGAAUCAGCAGGCCUCCAGGGAGCAGCAAGUCAGAACGCAACAACAACGCACUCGAGCAAUGCCUCCCAGAUCACAAAGCGAGAGCCGGGUGCAGCAGCAGAGAAUCGCGACGAUGUACGACGACGGCGCGUUCUGCAUGGAGAUGACCGCGCUGCAGUCGGCGGUCGAGAACGGGAUAGCUUUGUGCAGUGUGAUGUAAAAUGACCGGACAUCCGGGGAACGGGACGGAACAGACGAAGGAUUCCAGAGAUCCGGGAAAAUUGUAUUUGAGCACGGUCACCUCACCGCGAUCGCUCGAAACGAAGAAUUUCAUUGCUGAUGCAACGAAGCUUGAUCAAAAUCACGACGACUAAAUCUCCGCUCGACUUUGAUAAA